GCGGGUGGUGGCGCCGGCAGCACACAGCACAUUGUUAGGGCCCCAGUGGCCCCCGGCUCCGGCCAUGUGAAGGACGAUGCUGUACUGGAAAUGCCCCCGGAGCCGCUGCCCGCUGGGCGCCUCCGCCCUCACCGUGUCCGUCCUGUGCUGGAUCUUCAUCUACCCGACCGAGCGCAGCCCCGACUAUCAUGAAAUUGUCCAAAAUGUCUUGAUGGAGCAGGGAAGGGCCUGGAACAGGAACCUUGUUGUCUCUUCCAGGAAGCUGUUGACUGACUGCUGUGACCCCAGCCACCUCUUCUCCAUGACAAAGGUGAACACCCUGCUGGGCGAGAAUCUCUGGUUUGAUGGGGAACUCCUGUAUUCGCUGACCAUCGAUAACUCCACCUACAGUCUCUUCCCACAGGAGAUCCCCUUUAAGCUUCCAUUGAAGAAAUGCUCGGUGGUGGGAAACGGCGGCAUUCUGAAAGGCAGCAGAUGUGGCAAGCAGAUCGACGAGGCCGACUUUGUUAUACGGUGUAAUCUGCCACCGCUGACCAGUGAUUUUAUCCCGGAUGUGGGAACGAAGACCCAGCUGGUGACUGUGAAUCCCUCAAUAAUAGAUAAAAGAUUCCAGAGCUUGUUGUGGUCCCGGAAAUCAUUUGUGGAAAGUCUGAAGGUGUACAAGUCUAGCUACGUCUACAUGCCAGCCUUCUCCAUGAGACACGGAACGAAUCCCUCGCUUCGCGUCUACUACACCUUGGCCGACUUCAGCACCAACCAGACUGUUCUCUUCGCCAACCCCAACUUCCUGCGCAACAUCGGGAAGUUCUGGAAAUCCAAGGGCGUCCACUCCAAGCGCCUGUCGACGGGCCUCUUCAUGGUCAGCGCCGCCUUAAGCCUGUGCGAGGAAGUCACUGUUUACGGAUUCUGGCCCUUUCAGACCGACCUGAAAGGGAAACCCAUCAGACACCAUUACUAUGACGACGUUCCUCCUAUGACGGGGUUCCACUCCAUGCCAGAGGAGUUCAUGCAGCUCUGGUUACUUCACAAGACUGGAAUUUUACGAGUUCAGUUAGAACCAUGUGACACAGCAUCUUCCAAUCAGAAGCCUCACUGAGACCCAUGCAAUCAACAAAGGGGGGGUAGGGAGGGGGUGAGGAUCUUUUUAUUCCUUGACAUUGACACAGCGAACUUUCCUUUUUUCCUUCGCAGACUUGCUUUUUCUACCGCGCCGAUAUCGGAUCCUGGAGGGCGACUGCGAAAUGAGCACGCUAAAUUUAGGACUGCGUUUUACGAAAGUGCCAAAAUUUCUGUCUUUCCGCCCCUGGGUUUUCUUUUGGAACCUGCUGAUGUACAGAAUUUUAGUGAACUUUUUUUUUUAAAUAUUUUUUUUGGGCUGUCAAAAAAAAUAUUUAGAAAAUGAAUGUAGUAUUUUUAAUGCAAAAAACACCACGUCCAAAAGAAGGCAGCUUUUUACAGACUAUUUUUUACAGACUCU